AUGGUCAACCACGAAUGGCGCUCCGACACCCUACUACACGUAGCUGCACGCAACGGCCACGCGACGACGGUGCAGCUUCUCCUGGACCGGGGCGUCGAAGUGGACGUUUGCCGCGGGGUCGACGUGUGCCUACUGAGCGGCAGCGUGUGCCCGUGGUUCCUCGAGACUACCCCAAUCGAGGGGCCAGUGGUGGUCGGAACGGCCCUGCUAGAGGCCGCAUGGGGAGGCCAUAGCGAUAUUGUCGCGUUACUCCUGGAACGCGGCGCCGACGUUAACUUUGUGUCCCGAGGCAGCAUUGACCGCAACACCGAUGGACUUCAUGUUUUCCACAGCCGGGUCGCCAACAUCAAUAACCAGGGUGCCAUUCAAGGAACAGCUCUUCAGGCAGCAGCCUAUGAACGCAAGGAGACUGUUGUUAGGCUUCUCCUGAGUCGCGGCGCAGAUACCAACAUCCAGGCUGGCCAAAGUGGAACGGCCCUUCAAGCAGCGGCAAGCAACAUCCCGUCAAGUGAGACGGUCGUAAGGCUGCUGCUCGAUCAGGGCGCUGAUGUCAACGCCGGGGGCGGCAUAUUUGGCACGGCCCUCCAGGCAGCUGCCUGGCGAGGGACAACGGACGUCGCCAGGCUGCUCCUAGAUCGAGGCGCCGACGUCAACGCCCAGGGCGGCUUGCUCGGGACGGCGCUCAUCGCAGCUACCAGCCGAGGGACAACGGAUAUCAUCAGACUGCUCCUAGAUCGAGGCGCCGACGUCAACGCCCAGGUCGGACCAUACGGGACGGCGCUCGUCGCGGGCACAGCGCAGAAUAGCGCAGACAUCGUGCAUGUGUUGCUGGAGCACGGGGCCGAUGCCCGUGUGCGGACAGAGACGUAUGGGACCGCGUUUGAGUUGGCGUACGGAAACGACCUUCUUCUCGAUACGCUCGAUGUCCUGUUCCAUCACGGCCUUGUGCCCGCUUCCAAGAAGGCCAAGGUCAAAAGGGAGCUGCGGAGGUGGGUCUGGCCGCAGCUACCCCGUCCGCAUGUCGCCGUGGAAGACACGGAGCUGCUUAUUGGGCAAUCUUGGCUGAGUUCAUACGAGGAGGAGUAUUAG